CUUGAAAGUGAUUUUCAAUAUUUGCUAUUUAACUCUUAAUUGAAUUUAUUACUUGAGGUAAUUUAUCUGAGUCAAUUUACCAGUUGUAAUACUUUCAAGGCAAGGAAAGAAAGUCGUAUCUAGCGUAAGACGUUUUGUUGAUAUUAGAAUACUGAUGAGGGUCACGUAAGAAAUCUACUUCACCAUGAGCUGCACGCGGGUUGUUUUUGUUUCCUUCGUUUAUCUGGCGGUCCUUCUUGGGCCGGUUGAGUCUGGUGGAAAAUUUAUGCUGAAAAAGAACAACGAUGGAACAUAUCUGCUUGUACCAGCGCCUGCUAACGCCAGUACAGAAUCGACUGUAGAUCUUAACAACCUUCCUCCCAUUGCUGUGGCGAGUAGUACCCCUAUGGAGGCCCCUGGAGUAAAUUCUCAGUCGCCUCCUGUACCCGGGCGGCAAAACAGCCCGGCCACACCGGUGCCUGCAGGAGUUAAGCCACCAGCACAACCAGCUCCCUCGCCACCUUCCCCUGUUGGAUGUAUCAGUGGCUCUCAGUGUAAAGUGAAGGUCUCACAGAAUAUGAUGACUCUUGCUCUGAAGGGAAGAGACGGGGCGAGUGGAAAACCUGGUUCGAAGGGAGCCCAAGGAUCACCCGGACCUCCUGGACCAGCAGGACCUAAGGGCCCAAAUGGUGAACCAGGUGUCUGUGCACCAUCUCCGUUUCAGUGUUCUCCUGGCGUGAUAGCCACUCUUCAAAAAAAGAUCAUGGAGCUGGAAAAGAUGUGCAAGAAGGGCGGCUUAGGCGGACCUGGUCACCCGGACAAACCAAAGUGUGGCUUGGGAAGAUGUGCUGAUAAUCCAGCGACCAACUGCCAGGAGAUAUACACAAAGGACCGUGGGGCUGUAAGCGGGGCUUAUUGGAUAAAGGGCAAAUCAAAACCCUUUCAGACUCAUUGUGAAAUGAUUCGUGUGGAGCCAAAAGGAGACAUUCUCAAUCCAGAUAAACCGGCCACAGCGCUGGGAGGCUGGACCCUGGUAGCUCGGAUUAACGGUGGCAAAGACGAAUUUUCUCCCGUCAGUGAUAACUGGGCAAAUACAAAAACGUUCAAUGCUGAAAGUUCACCCGACACGACUCAAAAGACAUCGAUGAAAAACGAAGGCUGGUCAACAGUGACCUGUAACAAGAUACUGGUAUGCUUAUCAGGUCCCACAACAAGCUGCGCACCGUUCACUCACAACAAAAACAUGUCUCUGACACAUCUGUUCAAAACACAGUUUGGCGUUGUUCCAUCGGAGCAGUAUACCUUCGCCACUCUUUUAAAAGCUUUUGGUAAAAGUUGCGACUUGUCCGUUCUUAGGCAAGGCUGGUGUGGGUUAAAUUUAGCCAAUACCUGUAAUCCUCAAAAGGACAACCCUAACAUCACUCCUGUUAAGACAACCCAUAUUGCCAGGAUAGGUUGCAUUGGCGACCAACAGGCUACAUGCUUUCCUGAUGAUUUUGCCUUCGGUGUCGGAGUCAGCUCGUGCAAGGAUGGCUAUGGUUGCUCAGCGGUCGGAAAAUCAAAAAAUCUUCAUUAUCGUUGUAAUUACGUUCAUGGAACAUUGAUGGAGACCGCUUAUCUUUAUGUUCAAUAAUUGUUCGUCGCGCAAAUUUCGCGUGAGUUUCUAAUACGUGCGUGACUUGCUGAUAGUUGCGUUACAAAGGGAUAUUGAGGAUGGCGUGCUAGUAGUAGAGUUCUGAGCUUUAGCAAAUUCGCUUUUUUACCGUAACUCGAGGAAAUCUCAAUGGACACAACAGUUUUUGUAAAGAUAAAGUAGUUACAUAGCAAGUAAACGUUCUUAUAGAAUGUAUAUAUAUAUCGCAUAAUAAGCAGUGUUGAAUUCUCGUAGUUUCCAGUUUUAUAAAGACUUGUACUUUUUCACCUCAAUGUCGUAUUGUCCGCAUGGAUACAUAAAGUAUUUAAAGAAUAAAGUAUUUAAAAAAUA